AUGGCUGUGUUUAGAGUGGAAAAUACUAAUGUGAAUGCUCCUCAAGUGAAUAAAAACGAUGAAAUAACGCUCUACCAAAUUGGUCGGUACAUCAGCUCCAAUGAAGCUGCUUGGCGUAUCUUUGGUUUUCCAAUUCAUGAACGGGAUCCAGCAGUUGUUCAGUUAGCCAUCCAUCUUGAAAACGGUCAGCGUGUAUUUUUCACGAACGAGACAGCGAUUGAUCGUGCAAUAAAUCCACCUAAAACUACACUCACUGCAUUUUUUGAAUUGUGUAAUCGUGCGGAUGAUUUUGGUGCCUUUGCACGAACAUUACUCUAUUCACAAGUACCACGCUAUUUCACAUGGACUCAAACAAAAACAUGGAUGCCCCGCAAGCAAGACUCACCAGUUGCUGAAUGUCUCAAUUUAUUUAAAUCAAACGCCUUGGGGCGAUUAUUUACAGUCAAUCCAAGACACACGGAGUGCUUUUAUCUUCGACUGUUGUUGGUUAAUGUUACUGGCCCAUUAUCAUUUCAAGAUAUUCGUAUAGUGAAUGGGCAACAAUAUCCAACGUAUAAAGAUGCAUGCCUUGUACUCGGCUUGCUGGAAGACGACAACCAGUGGGAAUGCAUGCUUGCUGAAGCUGCAUUGAACUGUACAGCAAUACAAAUUCGUCUACUAUUCGCUAUAGUGUUGACUACAUGUUUCCCAGCCCGAGCACAGAUAUUAUGGGAAAAUCACAAAGAUUCAAUGACUGAUGAUAUAUUGCAUCAACAUCGUAUACGGUGCCACGAUCUAACCAUAACAUUCAGCGACGAAAUGUACAAUGAAGCAUUGAUUGCUAUUGAGGAUCUUUGCAUUAUCAUUGCCAACUUACCACUUAGUAAUUUCGGUAUGAAUUCGCCAAAUCGAACUGCAUCUGAUUUAAUUAAUACUGAAAUGAAUCGUGAACUGCAGUACAGUACUGUAGAAAUGGCAGCGAUUGUUGCCAGCAAUGUCCCACUAAUGAAUGAGGAACAAAGAACCAUUUAUGAUCGCAUUAUGCUCGCAGUUUCAGCUGGACAAGGUGGAUUCUUCUUUUUGGAUGCACCGGGUGGAACUGGCAAAACAUUCGUUAUUUCGCUAAUUCUUGCUGAAAUACGAUCAAAUAAUGGCAUCGCAUUGGCCGUUGCAUCAUCGGGCAUUGCAGCAACUUUAUUGGAUGGAGGUAGAACAGCUCAUUCAGUAUUUAAGCUGCCACUAAAUAUCCAGAAUAACCCUGACGCAGUAUGCAACAUUAAGAAACAAUCGUCCAUGGCCACAGUGCUAAAACGGUGUAAAAUUAUUAUUUGGGAUGAAUGUACUAUGGCACACAAACAUUCACUUGAGGCGUUGAACAGGACAUUGAAAGAUAUUAAAAACAGUGACAAACUAUUUGGCGGAACUCUGUUGGUCCUUUCAGGUGAUUUCAGACAAACACUUCCAGUCAUUCCACGUUCAACAUACGCUGAUGAGAUCAACGCUUGCUUAAAAUCAUCUCCAUUGUGGAGUAAUGUUGAAAAAUUACAGCUAAAAAAAAAUAUGCGCGUUCAAAUGCUUCAAGAUCCAUCCGCUGAAACAUUUUCAAAACAACUCUUAGAUAUCGGUGAUGGAAAAGUUGCUAUAGAUGAAACUGGAUACGUAAAAUUACCGACCGAUUUCUGCACAAUCGCUGAUUCGCAAGAUACUCUCAUUGAACAAAUAUUUCCCGAUAUACACACACAGUACAUAAAUCAUGAGUGGCUUGCAGAAAGAGCGAUUUUAGCGGCAAAAAAUGUAGACGUUGACAAUUUAAAUCUGAAGAUACAAAUGUUGUUGCCAGGGAACUUGGUAUCAUAUAAAUCCAUUGAUACAGUUUGCGACGACAGCGAAGCAGUAAAUUUUCCCACAGAGUUUUUGAACUCACUGGAUUUGCCAGGCAUGCCACCGCAUAAUUUACAAUUAAAGAUGUGCCAAUUCAAUUCAAACGUAUUCAGUUUCCAAUUAGAUUGGCAUUUGCAAUGA